UGGUCUUGAACUCCUGACCUCAAAUGAUCCACCCGCCUCGGCCUCCCAAACUGCUGAGAUUACAGGCGUGAGCCACCGCGCCCGGCCCCAGCAUCCAGUUUUCAAAGGCCCUCUGCUCAGCUUCCAGAGAUCCCAGGAAACUCUAAGUGGGAGCAUCUCGUAUCCCCACGAUGCGACCGGUCACAAAACACGCGACCCGAGACACUGAAAGUGGAGGCUUCUUGAUGGAUCAAGUUGCGCAGUUCUCAUACCGACCCGCGGCCAGGCUGUAAGAUAGGUGGUCGGCUACAGACACAAUCACAGCCACCUUGGACAAGGACCCGUGAGCUGACCGCCAUUAAGCUUCAUAAACUGGUCCAAAUCCAAUGGAUCGCUACUGCCGGAAACGGAAAGUCCUCAAGGGCGGGUUUUGGAAGCAGAGCGGAAGCGGAAGGAGGGUACCGGAAACGGUGUUUGGUGGCGCCCGCGAUGGCCGAACCUGUGUCUGUUGCAGCUGAGUAUCUCGCGGGCAGCAGGGCGCGCGCUGCACGCACAGUACUAGGCCAGGUGGUGCUCCCGGGUGAGGAGCUGCUCCUGCCGGAGCAGGAGGACGCGGAAGGCCCUGGCGGUGCGGGAGAGCGACCGUUGAGCCUGAAUGCUGGAGCGCGCUCGCGGGUGCGCGUUGUAUGCGGCCCGGGCUUGCGGCGCUGUGGGGACCGCCUGCUGGUCACCAAGUGCGGCCGCCUCCGUCACAAGGAGCCCGGCAGUGGCUGCGGCGGCGGUGUUUACUGGGUGGACUCUCAGCAGAAGCGGUAUGUUCCAGUGAAAGGAGACCAUGUGAUUGGCAUAGUGACAGCUAAAUCUGGAGAUAUAUUCAAAGUUGAUGUUGGAGGGAGUGAGCCAGCUUCUUUGUCUUACUUGUCAUUUGAAGGUGCAACUAAAAGAAACAGACCAAAUGUGCAGGUUGGAGAUCUCAUCUAUGGCCAAUUUGUGGUUGCUAAUAAAGACAUGGAACCAGAGAUGGUCUGUAUUGACAGCUGUGGACGAGCCAAUGGAAUGGGUGUCAUUGGACAGGAUGGUCUGCUUUUUAAAGUGACUCUGGGCUUAAUUAGAAAGCUAUUAGCUCCAGACUGUGAAAUCAUACAGGAAGUGGGGAAACUCUAUCCACUGGAGAUAGUAUUUGGAAUGAAUGGAAGAAUAUGGGUUAAGGCAAAAACCAUCCAGCAGACUUUAAUUUUGGCAAACAUUUUAGAAGCUUGUGAACACAUGACGUCAGAUCAAAGAAAACAGAUCUUCUCCAGAUUGGCAGAAAGUUGAUAUAGGUGGACUUUUUUACAGGUCAGUUGAUGCAAAAAACUAUAGAUUUCCUGGGGAAUACUUUUUUCAGGUGAACCUCUCCCCAUUUAAAUACUCAGAAGAUAAGGUGUGAAUGUAUGUAUUAUCAGAGUCCUAAAGUAUUUUUAUAAAAGUUACUGGUUUUCACCCACGCUUUAAAGAGAAAAUCAUUGCAAAAUCAUAUUUUUUGUUUCUGUACAAUAAAGUUUACUAAAAAACAGUA